AUGCUUGGCUCUCUUGGUUCUCUCCUGCUCUCCUCGGCCGCCCUCGUCGGUGCUCUGCCGAGCGGGAGCGGCUCUACCCCUGAUCACGGUUCGGCCCACCACUUUGUGAAGCGGGCGGCGCUCGAUCCGAUCUCGACUAGCGGCGCCGACGGCAUUGCGGGUGGUCAAGUCGCCUGUGAUGCCCCUCCUGUGAAGUCCUUCGUCGGUGACCUCAAGCCUCCGUUCCCUACCAACUCAUGGUGGGCUCCCUUCGCGGCCCCCCCUGGCAAUGCCACGGCCGCGGGCCCGUUCCCGUAUGAAUCCGGGCUCCAAGGCUCCGGCAUCCAGUUCGGCCUCAGCACGGCCCGGAAGUUUGACGGCACCUCGAUCCAGCAGCCCACGCAGUUCGACUGGCUGGCGUCGUUCACCGAGCACCAGGGCGCGUUUGAGAACCACAAGGCGACGGCCUUUGACACCCAGAGUGUGACUGUCCAGUACUUCGAGGGCAGUUCCACCUUGACGACCUACUUGGUCCCGGGCUCGCCGUACAUCACGUUGGAAUACGACUCGGCCACGCCGUCGUUCAAGUCGCUUAACGGCGGGAUCAAGACUUUCAAUGACAAGGACCUCGGAGAUGGCGGAUCUCAGAGCGCAACCGGAACGCAGUUCACCGUGGUGGACUCCAAGGGCACGACCUACAUCAUCUACGCCCUGUCCGAGAUCUCUCUCACCGCGACCGCGGACUCGACUGCCUCGGGCACCAUCAAGGCUGACGGCCCCUUCAAGGGCGUCCUCCGUUUUGUGCAGCUCGGCGACGCCAGCCACAAGGACCUCCUCGACAAGCAUGCUGAGAUCUACCCCACGUCGGUCGCGCAGGACUACUCCUUCACCGACGCCGAGGGCACCCUCGUCUUCACCUGGGAGACUGUUGGCGACAAGAGCCAGCUCCUCAUGCUCACCUGGCCUCACCACCGUCUGACUAUGCAAGAUGCCAACUUCCCGGAUACCACCGCGCUGGGGUACUUGACUAUCAAGGGCUGGAUGUACCCUGCCAUUGGCAACACCUGGACCAUGCAGUACGAGCUCACUGACAUUGCGUGGAACGCCCCGCGUGACCUCGACGCCUCGUGCUCCGACGCCGUCAUCAACGGUCUCAAGUACGAGAUCGGCCAGCUCAACGUCUCGGCGGCCCCCGUCCCUGGCGACUUUUACUACUGGGGAGGAGCCCUCGCUGCCCAGGGGCGUCUAGCUUUGAUUGCCGACAACCUCGGCCAGUCCGAUCUCGUCCAGCCCGUGGUCGACUACCUCAAGGCCUCGUUCGCGCACUGGUUCGACUCGGCCGCGACCAUCCUGCCUGCCUACGAGACCGCAUGGGGCGGUGUGAUCAACAAGGCCGGCGCCACCGACACCUGGGUCGACUUUGGAAACGGCUACUACAACGACCACCACUUCCACUACGGCUACUUCCUCAGCGUCGCCGCCGUCAUUGCCAAGUUUGACAAGGACUGGUUGAGCCAGCACAAGGACUACAUCAACUGGUUCGCGAGAGACAUCAUCAACCCCUCAGCAGACGACCCCUUCUUCCCCAUCGCGCGCUGCCGCGACUGGUUCGCGGGCCACUCCUGGGCCUCGGGCAUCGCCAACGGCGCCGGCAGCCGCGACCAAGAAUCCACCGGCGAAGCCGUCAACGGCUAUUACGGCGCGCUGCUCUGGGCGUCGGUCGCGCUUGACCAGGCCUACAUCGACUACGCGCGUCUGCUGCUAGCCACCGAGCAGCAGGCUGCCCAGCUGUACUGGCACUUGUACCCGCAGGCUGGCGAGACUGACCGUGAUAACCCGUACCCGGAGGCUGAGGUGCGCGAUCUGGUGACUAUGGGGAAUGUUGAGGAUUGGCAGUCGGGUGCUUGGUUGUUCUGGGGUGAUCAGAAGAGUGAGAUUGCGGCGAUUCAGAUCUUGCCGGUUACGCCUGUGAAUGAGGUCUUGUAUGACAAGCAGUGGGCGGAGAAUGUGUGGGCGUACACUAUGCCUGAACUGGUUGACCCUGCUAUUGGUGAUGAGUGGAAAUGUGUCAUCAUUGCUGCGUACUCAAACUCGAACCCGCAGGUCGCUGCUGCGUGGGCCGGAAACCUCACCACCUGGGGCACCGGCAACACCUUCACCAACGAACUCUACUUCAUCGGCACGCGCCCCAACCCCACCGGCGAGCCCAUCUGCGGCACCCUCCCGCAAAACCCCUACGGCACCUUCAAGAUCCAAGACGCCGCCUCCGGCAAAUACGUCGCCGCCUCCGCCGCCAACACCAACCUAAUCGCCUCCGCCACCUCCGACGCCGACGCAGCCACCUUCGACAGCGCAUACGUGCCCAACGCCGGCACCCUCCAGCUGACCAGCACCAAGGAGUACGUCACGUCCGAUCAGUCGGGCACGGGCACCCUGGCUGCUAUCCGCGAUGUUGCUUCGUCUUGGGAGCGGUUCACGAUUCGCCCUAAGUCGGGGGGUGGUGAUGGUGUGUACUCGAUUAAGGCGGGUAGCAACGGGUUGUAUGUCACGCUGGGCUCGGAUGGGUCGCUGAUUAACGGCGGCAAGGACGAGGCGUCGGCUGCUGGGUUCAAGUUUGUGAAGGUGUAG